UUCAAGGUCUGGUUCCGGCAUGGCAAACUCAGCCAAGAAGAUCGGCACUGAGAGUAAAUAUAGAACGGUAGCAGUCGUAACAGCACCGUUUAUCGUCAUCGGAGGAAUCUUCGUUAGUUUCGGGUGGAAAUACGUGAGUGGAUAUUGGAGCAAGAGAGUCGAUCGUCGUCGGAAUUUACCGAGAUCAAUGUCCUUGGCGGCCAUCCGUGGCGGAAAUUGGCUUUAGGUAGAUUCGUUGAUUAUCGGAAUUCUCGAGCCGAGAAGUCGACGCAAAAUGUCGACGAUAUAAACCAGUUGGAGACUCUACUUCAAAAUGAACAACCCAAUUUCAAGGAAAUUCAGCAAGUUGUUGGAAGGCUUGAGAUGAGUAGAAGAGAAGAUGAAGCAAUAAAAUUGUUAAAGAAAGCAUUGAAAAGGGCACAAAAGAAGGGCAAACCAAAUGAAGCUUAUGAGAUUGGAAUGUUCGUUGCAGAAAUGUACAUCUACAAGGGAGAUGUUCAAAAGGCUUGGAAAUGCAAAUGCUUAGCAGAAGAAGGUGUUUCUGAUGCAAGACCUUCUCUUUAUAAGGCUAUUAUUUCCUUGAUGGGAAACAAAGAAGAAGAAGCUCUUCAACAUUGGAAAAACUUCAAAGAAACUCAGAACCAGACGACCCCACCGGGCUUCGAAGAAGAUGAGUUCACUGAGUUAAAAAAUGCAGUCAAUCUACUUAAACAAGACAUUGAUUCUGCAACACAGUAA